AUGACAAGUGCACUCGGCGUUCAUCUUGUGGGAAGCGUAUGUGGGGCAACUUCGGCUGAGGCCUCAUUUCGAAAGUGUUGUCAAGCAUUUCCGUCACGACUUCGUCGCAUCCCAGAUGGCGAACCAGCCAAUCGCCAGUACUUCAUACGAUGGCAAGUAGAUGUCUUCGACCACACGCCGGCCGUGAAGCGAAAGUAUGAUGCCUCGUAUAACACUGUUCCGCAGCCAGAGGUGACCGCGUCUGAAGUCAAGGAGAUCGUCAAUGGCAUGCCACCUUUGAAGCCUGGAUAUGCUGAUGCGGCUCUUGAUUCUUAUCUUGUGUUCAAGAAACUGAGAGAAGAAUGCAUUAUUCCGAAAGGUGUAAGAUUCCAAGUUUCGCUUCCUACAACGAUGGCGACCAUGUGCCUCAUCAGAGAGGGGUUUCAGCUUGCUGUUGAACCCUGCUAUGAGAAAGAACUGCUGGAAGAAAUGAAGAGAAUCCAGGAAGAAAUCCCAAAUGAAGAUCUGGCCAUCCAGAUCGACAUUGCAAACGAGAUUCCUACCCUAGAGGAAUCGUACUGGCCCCAUUUCAAACCAUAUUUCGAACCCGUUUGGGAUGGAAUCUUGGAGAGGAUCGUGACACAAUCUGAAGCCGUUCAUAUGGGCAACAAGCACUUCCUUGAGCCUCAAGAUUUGGGUCUCCUGGCGAAACUUUCUUCUGCGAUUCUGAAGAAUGUCAAGAGAGCGGUCGAAUGGAUUCAUAUGCCCGUUCCCAAAGAUAGAGGCGAUUUGGAAUAUUUCAAACCACUUGAGGAUGUGGAUUUUGGAUCGACCGAGCUCUAUCUAGGACUUGUACAUGCGAAUGACGAAGAAGGGAGUCGAAAAAGGAUGGCGUCUGCAUCAAAAGUGGUUGAAAAAUAUGGAAUUGCAACUGAGUGUGGAAUGGGGAGAACACCGCUCGAGAAGUUUGAUUCCAUCUCACGAAUCUGUACUAGUCUAUCCUCGACUGUCAUCUGAGUUGAAAGACAUGUUGAGACUCUGCUUUGGAGGUAAGAUGUUUUGGAUAUGAGAGGUAAUCAGAGAAGACGGCAUUGAAAUGCGCAGAGCAGAUGAAUGCAUGCUUGCUAUCAAGAAG